AAUUGGGAAUUAUCGUCUAGACGGGUGGGUUGAAGAUCAAAAACUGGGAAUUGAGGUGAAUGGGUGCUGCUGGCAUGCAUGCAUCAAGUGUUACCCGGACGAUGGAAUUGUAUUGCCUUCUGGAAAGACAGCCGGCCGACAACGUGAAUCGGAUAAGAAGAGGCUCAACUUUAUUAAGUCUCAAGUACAAGAAGUUAAAGUUUACUGGGAAUGCGAGAUAAAAGCAAUGCUGAAGUUGGAUAAAGAAAUGAAGAAGAAUUUUGAUAGGUACCUGGAUAAUGGUCCGAUUGAUAUCCGCUCAGCAUUUUUUGGUGGGAGAACAGGUC